AUAGGAAUAACCAAACUAUCUGUUGUACUAUGUAAACUGAACUAUUCCCUUUGGUACGCGACCAUAUCGACAUCAGUUGUGAAUCUUAUGAUGCUCACAAUUGAUCGCUACAUUUGUAUUGCAUUACCCCUAAAGUAUCCUUACAUUGUCACCCAAAGGAAGGUGUCCAUGGCUUUGGCUUCAGUAUGGAUCACUGGCUUUCUUAGUUUUAUUAUGAUGUUUUUCAAUACAAAAAGUUCCAAAUUACCAUUUGAAUGUUAUCCAAGCAAAGUAGUUGUUUCAAUUUGCACUAUUUUAUUCUUUCUUCUUCCACUUGGUGUUAUGAUCGUUUUCAAUGUGAAAAUUGUACGAAUUGCUCGAAACCAAGGUCAAAAAAUAGCAUCAGAAGGUUCAAAACUACAAAGAAGUAAUUCAACCGCUACAGAUGAUUUGAGCUCACGAAAAAACUUCACACGACAAUUGAAACUCUUCAAAACAAUUCGUGUCGUUUUUGGAUAUUUUUUACUCUGUGUAACACCUUUUCCUGUGAUAUUGUUCAUAGAUUAUACCAUUUGUAAUGAUGGCUGUAUUUCUUUAAACGUAGUUCAUAUAGCAGCACUUGUGGCUGCAACAAACUCCGUGACAAAUGCUUUUAUAUAUGGAAUACGUGACAAGAAAUACAGAAGAUCUUUCAAGCUGCUGUUUGCACGUUGUUGCAAUUUAUCUGGGUAAUUCAUAGAAAAGAUAAAGAACCUUAUUUCGUAACAUCAAAAACAUCUAAUGGUCUCUAAAAGCGACGUUCUAAAGCCAAUGUGUAGUGUAUAGUAAUACGUAGCGUAAUACAAAAUAUAACUUAAUAAAAUCAGUUGUAUAAAAUAGGCUUAAAUUUUAUGAAAG